AUGGAGGGUUUCAGAUCCAAAACCCUCAAAGAUGAAAGCCUUCAAAUUGAAAGUUACAAUCCCUGCGACUAUGACUCCACCUCCAAUGGAGUUCCCAGCUACAAACCCAGUUCAAAUCCAACUGGGCUUAAAGAUCUAAGGUGCUACAGUGCAUCAUAUGCAUCAUCUUCAUCAGCACAGAACAAUGCCCAGAUGGAUAUUGUGCCUGCAGAUCAGUGGAAAUUCAAGAAAGGGNNNNAGAUCAGUGGAAAUUCAAGAAAGGGAAGUCAACAAAUGGAGCAGUUUCCAAGAAUUGGAGUUUUAAUGACCCAGAAUUGCUGA